GUUCGUUUCGUUGGCAAUUGUGUUGGAGUUGCGGUGCCGGUAGCUGUCAUGACAGUAACGAGAGUGGUUUUGUGAUGUUGCGUUUGUCGUUUUCGUUUAAUAAAAUUUUUGAAUUCCUGCAAAUAAUUUCACUCAUGUUUUAAAUAAUACGUUUGAUGUUACGCUUAGGAAAAGACAGUCGCUUCAAAUACGUAAAUGGUGCCAGAUUCUCCAAUGCAGCAUCCACCAACUGGCGCGGGGCUCAAACCUCCCUCUGCCAGCAGUCCCGUGGAAAAUGUGCCAAACGUUGAACGUUGUCGUCAUGUGAACAACAGCCUCUAGCUCCAGAAGUUUGCGGAUUAUUAUUAUUUUUUUUUACAUUGCACUCGUUACGAUGUUCUGGUAGGACCGCGUGGCGUUGUUAGAGGGGGCGGAGCGGGGCGCGCUAUCGAUGUCACUGGCGAGCGCCUUGCCGCUGGUGAACGUGAGCGAUGCCGGCUCGCUAUCGGCGGCAGUGACCUCGGCCAUGGGCGUGACGGGGGGAGGGGAGGACUCGGAGGGGCCGCUGCCCGGGCCGGGCGACGACUGGCCCAACGGAACCACCUACAACAUCAGCCUGCUGUCGUCCGUGUUCGGGGUGACGCACUGCCCCCAGUGGGGGCCCGUCAACCACGUCUACUUCCAGCUGGCCAACACGUUCUUCUUCCUGUCGUACCUGGCGCCCAACGGCACCUACGGCAUACUGUACCUGCGCUGCACGCUGCUCGUGGGCUGCGGCUUCUUCGCGCUGUGGGGCUGGGCCGUGCGCUGCUCCUUCGACGCCUUCCUGUGGAACGCCAUCUUCGUCGGCAUAAACCUCAUCCACGUGUGCGUGCUGCUGUUCUACCUGCGCCCCGUCAAGUUCUCCCGGGAGAUAGAGGAGGUGUACCUGGCGCUGUUCAGGCCGCUCAAGGUCACCAGGCACCAGUUCAAGAAGGUGCUGGACUGCAUGAAGCUGAUACGGCAGCUCAAGUACCAGGAGGUGUACGCCCAGGAGAAGGUCACCAAGGUGGACAGCCUGUCGCUCGUCCUCUCCGGCAAGCUGGUGGUGUCGCAGAACGGCCGUGCCCUCCACAUCGUGUUCCCUCACCAGUUCCUGGACUCCCCGGAGUGGUUCGGGGUCUCCACGGACGAGUUCUUCCAGGUGUCCAUCACUGCGAUGGAGGAGUCGAGGGUGCUGAUCUGGCACCGGGACAAGCUGAAGCUCACCAUCAUCACGGACCAGUUCCUGCAGGCCGUGUUCGACCACAUCCUGGGCCGCGACGUCGUCAAGAAGCUCAUGCAGGUGAGCGAGACCAUGGCGGCCAGCAACAACGGCCACCUGCCCAACAGCGCGGACGACGGGGAAGACAAGCCCAUGCUGGUGGUGAAGAAGCCAGGCGACGGGCCGGGCAUCACUGCCCUCAUCAACCGCCAGCUGCAAGCGGCUGACCCCAAUGCAUGGCGUCUCGGCCGGAUCGAGGAGGGGGACCACGAGACACCGGUAUGAGACGGCCCGUGCUCUCCGCCCGUCCCUCUGUCCGCGCUCCCCUCCGCGACGAGACACGGGCGUGCCAGCGUUCCCUUCCUCCUGUGUUCCACCCGUGCGAAGCAAGGUACAGUCGUCACGUGUUCGGAGAAUGGAGCCGAUCAGGUUUGUAUCCGUAACGGAGGCUGAAAACGAUAUCCUUUCACUGAAGUUAAUAUAUACGUGUUGCACAAGUGCAUUGCAAAGUGUGUACAUUUUUUUACUGUAAAUAUAUAUGUAUGUAUAUGUAAAUAAGAGAUGAUAAAUUAUAUUGUUGUGUUGUUGAGCCCUCGAGAUUAUUGUAAAACUAAGAGUCUUACUAUUGUACGUUGUUUCAAUAGUUUUGGUGUAGAUGUUACUGGUUAUGCAUUUGCACUAAUGUGAUUGGCACUGGUGACUCAUGUGGAUGUUAUUUUCGGUCUUAUUUACACAUUAAGUUAUUUGUGCUGAAUCACUGUAAUUGAAAUGUUUUGUUUUUCUAUAUUUUUUUUUUCCAAGUAUGGAUUUUUACAUUGUGUGGCUUGGAUAUAAUCUAGGAAAACAAUGUAUAACAUGUAGAAGUUUUACAGAAUUUUUUUUUUUUUAAUGAUAGCAUUGUUUGUGAUUAUGUUAUUAGUUUUAAAACAUAAGUAAGUGGAAUGUUACUCUUCGGAGGAUUUCAAAUGGUAAAAUUAUUAUUCAUCACAUUGAUGUGAAGGAAUUUCAUGUAUUGUAUAAAUAACUGUAAAUUGUUGUUUCUAAAGGAUUUUAAACUUUCUUCAAAAGGUACAUAUAUAUUUAUUUUUAGUAAGGUGAAAAUGGAAAGAUGACUGUGUUCAACUUAUUAUUCACAUAGUUAAAACACCAAAAGUGCCACAACUCAUUCCUUUUAUUUCUCUUCCCUGUGUGCAACUCUGUGAGUAAUGUAAGAUGUAAUAAUUUGUCAGUGGCAUUAAAGUACUGUUUCUUGUGUUAGGGAAACUGUGGUUAGUUAGCUUGGUUGCUUUUUUUUUUCCUGUAACUGCACAGUGUUUUAUGUGCAUGAGUGAAGCGUGUGUCUCAUGUAAAACUUGGCAGCUGCUGUUUGAUUAUAGCUCAUUGUUCGAUUAGAAAUUUUGUUAUGCCCAGAAACAGUUCUAAAUUGAUUUCAUAAAUUGUAUUAUUUUGUUUGAUUUAACAUUGUUGUAAUUUAGUUUGUAUGCAGUCUGCUGCUUUAGCGAUACGCAGUGAUAAUUGUGACGGUGGACUGUUGUGUAGUGACGGCUGCUACAGGUGGAUGCUGGGUAGUGAUUCCCGCCAAUAUGGAUGGCUCAGUAAGAAUAUAAGGAAAAUUUUCUUGUGCCGGUGAUAGAGGGGAAGAAUUUUGUGCUCCAAAGCCAUCCUUAGCCAAGUUUCUUUAGUACAUAGUCUACAGUCGCUUGCUGCAGUUCAUGCAUUGUACUUUAAUUUAUUAAUUUAUUUUUUACAAAAUAGCUGGCAUCAGGCUUCUGAAAACUGACGUAGAAUUAAUGAUUAGCGGCAUAACAUUUUCUUUUGCAGAAAAAAAAGUGAUAGUGCAUUAGACUGCAAUAAGGCAUGCCCGCGCUAGCGAUUGUUCUCUUGUGAUUGGCGGCCGUCUGCAAGAGAAGCCAUUGCCCUGUUUGGCCUGGGCAUUGUCUGUGUUUCGUGGUUGGCUGGGUCUAUUUCGGGCACAUGUCUAGUGUCGGCGCACCAAACACAGCCUGUAUGGCCCGGGGCAAAUAGGGUAACGGCUUCUCUUGCAGAUGGCCACCUAUUAGAUGACAAUCUCUAGCACAGGUAUACCUUACUGUAGUCUAACGAGCUAUCAGGUUAUUUUCGCAAAAAAAUACAUGCCCCUAGUCAUCAACCCUAGAGUGGUGCUCUCCAGACAUGCUGUGUGACCACGGUUGUCUCGUGGAUUUUCACAAUCUCCGUGUUUGUCCACGUUUGUGCCCAUGAGGCCGGAUGUACUCUCAUUUCUCGUACGUGCAACAUACACGCACAACAGUCGUGUACCUAAUAGUUUUUUUUUAUGUUGAUGUAUUGUGUGUUACUGUCAUUUAAAAGGAAAUGUUAGGUGUGCUCUAUAGGCUUCAAAGACAAAGUAACCCCUUGGUUAGGCAGUGUCUCACGCAAAAAAUGCCAAUAGUUUUUUUUUUUUUGUAGAGGCCCGGAUAAAAUCAACAUACUAUUAACACUUGAUAGUUAUAGCAAUAAGCACUUUAACAACACAAAACUAGUGUGGUGGCCUGGAUAAAGAUUUUCAAAUGAUGACAGUAGAAUGUUCAGGGCUUCUUAUUGGCAGAAAAAAUAUCACAGUUUUAGUAAUGACAUAGUAUGUAUUGAGCAAGAGUUGAACCCUACUGCGAACUCUACUUAAUAAAGUAUAUCGUAAGGGGUGAAAACGGUAGAGAGUGAGAAAGAAAGAAGACAGUUUUCCAAAAACUUCUAGUCUUAUAAGAAUUUAAGGACAGUAUUUAAAGGAUCAAAAUGUAACAUUAUAGCCAUUUUAUCAGUUCUGUGCAUCUUACUGUUUCUUGAAACAAUUCUGCCAUUUGGAACACGCCAAAUCUCUGAAUGAAAUAUGAAAUUCAUAACAGGUUGCGCUAUCUAUGCGGGAAGUGCAGGGACUGUCUCAACAGCGCUCUCUACGCUGCUGGUUGAACAAGGAGGAACGCGAGCGCGCUGGUAGCAAAUACAAAAUUCAAGGCACUCACAGCUGACUGUAUAGGAUACCUAUAUCUAUUUUCUGAAAGAAGCAUGGGCGCACUCUCUCAUCUUAUUCUUUCAUUCGUCUAUUUAUCUGUUUUUUUCUUUUUUUGUGGGGGACGAAUCAUUGCACAAAGAGAACGAAAACGAGCCCAGCAACGUAUAUAGCAUAGUGCUCAUAAUGAGAGCUAUUUGGCCAAGUGCCUAUUCUCUGUCCUUUUCACAACAAUGUUUCAUGAACAGUUGCAUUCAAAUUCGGUCUUGAAAUUUUACUCUUAUCACACCCAAAGAAAUUAUACUUAAAAAAAAGUUUUAUAUUUUUUCUUUUGUGUGAAAAAAAAAUAUAUUUUUUGACUAUACACCACUCUUUCAUGAUAUAUUAGCAUUUAACCACUCGGAUCCCAGAAAUAAUUACAAGUACCAUUCAUUAUGUAGUAUAACAAAUUACAUGCUUCAUUUUUAGGCAUUUUCGAAACUUUAUUUCCAUGCUUGUGGUUACAAUACUUCAGUAGAAUGUAAAUGGAAUGAGUUGGACUUCCAGAGCUGUGUUGCUGCGGCCAUGUUUUCACCCAGGGCUGGUGGCUGUUUGAAACUGCCAGGUAGUUGCCUCACGUGUCCAGGUGCAGUGCAGCUCGUUUACGCAUAUAUGUUGACUGAAUUUUAUAAUAUUUUUGUAUCGAGGUUUGUUUCCUUGAUUGGAGAAUUAUUUUAAAAAUCUCUCGUUGAGUUCCCACUGUUACCGUAUUUACCCGAAUAUAAUGCGUCUCUGCACAUAAUGUGACCCAAACAUUUUGAUUAUGAAUUUUGGGAAAAGACUUUAUGGAUUGGAAAUCACAAUUCAAGUACAUGGCACUUGAAAAAUAUUAAAAUUAUCAGAUGUAUUCCAUAUUUACUAGACCCUUUCUGGUGCCGCUUUAGCAAGUCGAGUUACAAAAAAAAUCCCGUACUUGUCAUGCCUGUGCAGCGAUCCGGCUAAAGUGGGAUAAGUACAGGCAGUACCUGUAGUUCUUAAACUAAGCUGUGACUAAUAGUAACAUACAAGUUUGCGAUCAUAAUGCGACGCCCCCUUUUUUUUUAGUUUCCACAGUUUUGGUAAAAGUCGUAGCAUUAUAUUCAGAUAAAUAGGGUAUUUUGAAAAUGUCUUAAUGCUAGUUUGCUAGUUUGUGAUUGUGGAGGAAGCUAUGUACAUGAUGAUUUAGUCCCAACCAGGGCUCGAUUUUAGCACCUGUCCGCCUGCCCGGGACAGGCAAAAUCUCGUCCGGGCAGGCAAUAUAAAAAAGUCAACUGUCCGGUGGACAGGUGCAACUUGUGACGCCAAGGUUAUUCGCACGCACUAAUGCAGCAGAGGUGAUUAAUAACAUUUAUGCGACCGUGACCGCAAAUAAAACGUCUUUGACAAUAUCUAUAAAUAAACAAUAAUGGCUGAAAGUGAGUUUGAUCCAGCACCAGCAAUAAACCUCUGGUAUCAUAAUGUUCAGAGAAAACGUCGACCCUUUCAGCCUCCUUAUCGAAGAUGUUCAAGACAGAAUCAGCCAAGUAAUUCGUGCAGUGACUCAGACAGUGACUCGUCUGAAAAUGAUGAUUAAAUACGGAUGUUAAGGGUGUGAUAAAAAUAGGUGCAAAAUAUAGCAAAAAUCCUUUUUUCUCACUUUUUCAGCGACUUUGAAAUUUUUUUUAUUUGGGUGAAACAGCGGACAGGCAAAUUGGAUGGCGGACAGGCAAAUUUUCGAUUACACCUGUCCGUUGGGCAGGUUAAAAUAUUCCUUAAAAUCUAGCCCUGGUCCCAACUAUGUUGUGCGAUGUGUUGUUUGUCAUUGGUGCUGCCUUAAUGGCAAGUUAACCGUCUUCUAUUGCUGUUUCUGAUAUGUGUUUGUGUUUUGUGAAUUUGAAUACUCAUGCUUUAACAUAGUAUUUUGCUAUCUGUAAAUAAUAUAAUUUUUUUUUUUUACUUGAAUUGGAUAUUAUUUUUGUUAGCAUAUCUCAUUGUACCAGUUUUUAUUUCACAGUGUAGUUUUAAAAAGUACUUUCUCCGUCCUUAUUUUGAACCUGAGAAAUACGAAAGCCUGUUGCUUUGACGUACAGACCUGCACUCGACGGCUAAUUGUGUUUCUCCCCUCGCACCUAGUAGACGUGAAUUGAAAGUUUCGAGCUAAUCAAAGACUUUUAACAGUUAUUGUCAAACUAGAGUGGUUUACAAUACGAGAACUGUAAAAAGGUUUUGCCAAGUUUAUGUUUCUGCACAAAUGAUGUUCAUUUUUGUACACACUGAAACUGCCUGUGUCAGUAGUCUGGGUAUGUUUGGCCUCGGUGCCUGACGACGUGUGUUGUUCUUAGUUCCGCGUAGCAUCUAUUGUAUUCGUUAGACUUGAAAUCUUGUUUCCAUUUUCCAUGUAACGUGUCUCAAAUUGUUAUUAGUUUGAUGGUUGUGAUAUUGUCUGUGGCUGUACCACUUGCCAGCUAUUGGCUGUAUUGCUUGUCCCGUUACAUGUUUGCUGACUGAAUAUCAUUCUUGUUUUACAUUAAUGUUAUUGCAGUUCACUUGUGAUUUUUUUUUGUAUGAAGUGCAUAACAUGCUAAAUAUUUUAAUUAUGUUACUUAUAGAAACUCAAGUUUUGCUAGUCAGAAUAUGUUUGCCUACUUUUGUUUUUUUUUUGUGAUUAAAGAAAUUGUAUUCAGAUGCCAUACAAAAUUCAUUUUUAUGAAAUAUUGCAUUUUUUUUUAUUACUCCCUUUACUGAAUGAUUAAUGUUCCUCUUGAAUGUAUAUUUGUUCUUCCGCAAGAUAGUAAUGCCGAACACGGCACGUUUUCAAAUCCUCGCAGUUUGUUUUGUUUCAGUUCUAGUUGUAAAGAUGGUUAGUGCUUGAAGACCAAAGAAGAUCUGAAGAGAUUGAAGACGGUGAGGUGGAAAUACGUACUGUCAUUAGCAGUCCGUGUACCCCAGCAAUGGCCCGCCCACACGGUGCACAGAGCUUCAGGAAACUGCUUCAGAUGUCCUAGUGAUGUGUGUUUAUAAAAGCAUUUAGCAAUAUGCUGAGGGUGGAAGAGUAGUUGUGUUUCGUAUUUCAUUUUUUAACUGUAUUUUUAGAAGAGCUGAAAUGCGUGUUUUUAGAAUUAAUGUUUAGGCAGGAAAUACUGUACAGAUUCUUGAAAGCACUCAAAGGACUUUGAUGCACCUUUAUCUUCAUUUCUCUGAUUGGCUCUCGGCAACAGCUAUUUUCACGUCCUAAGAACCACACUUGCUACAGGCAUCCUUCAACGGAGCAUGGAAUUGUUUGAUUGCCUCCGAAACUGACUCUCCGUUUUCCGCCAUGCACUUCUUUACGUACAGCUCAUGCAACAGUCGUACAUUCAUUUCAUGCGGUAAAUAAUACCUUCGGCUUGGGUUCAGAGACCUACUGUAAUGGCAAUGGUAAAUGGGGAAAGAGGAAAUGUGUUCAUGCACCUUCUCCGUUAGUUAUUUCUUCUGGUGUCUUGUUUUUUGGAACAUGGCAUCCUCGGCCAUCCGACCCGGGCUGUUUGUUCAUCCUGGUCAUCCUCCCAUCCGAAAUGACCAAGGUUUUCAGAAAAAAAACUUAACAUACAACACUUUCACCUGUCACUUGAAACCUACAUGUGUUAGUAGUACUUUUAAGGUUUUCAGAUGAGUCUCUUGGCCAUCUUAUAUCUGGUUUACUUUGAGUAAUCAAUCCACGUAGAAAAUUAUUUUGUUCACUGAAUGUACCCAUGUCCAAAACUAUCAAAUAUAUUCUUCCAGGCUGCUACUGAAAUGUUAAAGACAUUUUUCUUACAGCGACAAUGUUUCCAAUGAAAACCUUGUUUGGUACCCGCUUUUCCUCUGGAAGAAGCGUGCGGUAGACCUGACUGAAUUCCUUGCUUUCUUUCUCUGGUGAAAAAUUCAAACUCUGAAAAGCUGACUUGAAUAUUUCCUACUUAUGUUAUUUUCCUCCUCGUUUUGCCCCCUCUAAGACCAUAGCAGGGUUCUACUGUAUAAAAAUACCUUCUCAUAAAAAAAGUAAACAUUAUUUAGCAAAUUUCUUCAGACACACAUCGGCUACAUCCCUGUCACAUACAGAAAUAAUUACAUCAGCAAUGUCCAUUUCUUAAAAAUAUAUUUCUUUGCUUGUAACAAAUUAUACAUCAACUGUCUAGGACAAAAACUAUUUCACCUACAAACAAUGAAAAGCAAUACUUUAUGUUAGCUGUCUUAAAUACAUGUAAAAAAAAAACUUAAAAUACAUAUUCCUUUGUCAACAUCCAUAUAUAUUUUUUUUUUAAAUAUUUUAAAUUCAUUUUCACAGGUAUAACCGCCAUGAGAUUGCCACAUUCGAGAAGUGUGUGCCAAGUAAUCCUACAAGGCUCCGUCAUCGCCAGCUGUUGCACAAGUCAAUAUCAAAUUUUUAGACAGGAAUGAAAAUUUUCCACUGGUGGAAUAUUUCCCUUCAGAGUUCAGGCCUACAUGCUGUUCUACGCCUGCAUCUCUGCGAUUCAGAAGGCACUGGCAAGCCACUGCAGUCUGACCGGGAUACACAACAGUCUCAAAUUUGAUUAAUGAAUGAUUAACAAGAGACAAGAUUAAAUGGUAAUUUGCGAUAAAACUGAAGUAACUCUGAAAAGCAUGUCGAUAUACCACACACAACACCGAAAUUUAAGUUAAUGCAUCACAAAGUACCAAACUGCGAUUAAAAUCAUGAAACUAAUCAGCAUUUUCAAUCACAACUUAUCUCUAAUGGCAAAUAUAAAAUUCAAUGAAAUUAAAUUAUUUAGCAAAGUGUUUGUACCACAUUUUAUGCAAGUCAAACUGGAAAAAGUUGUCUUUCUAAUCUAGCAACUUUUACUAGUUACUCAUUGUUACAUUAUGACAUCAGUAAAUUUUAUUUGUUUUGAAAAUUUUGACAUGCUUAUCACAAAUCAUUAUAUGUCAAAAUGGCACUGUUGUGGAGAAAAUAGUACGAUGAAACACAUACGUGUCAUAUAAACAUAUUAAUUAAUAUAAACACAUUUCAUAAAAUAUUAAACCAAAAAAACAAAACAGAAAUCUCCUAUUUAAAAAUAUUGGCCUGAAAAUAAAACCAUUAAAUCUUGUCUCUAAUAACGAAAUAUAGUCAACAGACCAGACCUACAAAAUUUCACCAAUCUUAGUGUGCUUUUUACUUGAUUUUAAUCCAAAUAAUAUUUAUCUUCAUCAAUAUUAAAGUGGGUGCUUUAUCAAGAGAUUCCAGUAUAUCAGAUCAAGAUCUCACGACUAACAAACUGUGAAUGAAUUCUGAAGCAUCACAAUUGUUCGGUUUCUUAAAGAUCAAUGUGUUAACGUGAGCUAUGGCACAAUCACACUUCAAAACAUACCCAAGCCAGUUUCAAAAAAUUACACUACAGUAAAAGGUACAAAAAAAAAUCAUAGCUUACUUUAAACAAACUUAGCUUUUCAGUAUAAAUCAAAGUGUCUAUUAAAUUUCUGUGAUCUUACUAGAGGACUUAUUAUACGUUGGACAUGCCAUGAACAGACUUUGCUUGAUACAAAACACUUCUACCAUAUUUAAUAUUUAUCCAUUUUUUUCAAUGAUGUAAAUAAUUUCUUAUUGUUUUUAUCAAUCUUCUCUAAUGUGAUGAAAUAAUAUUAGCGCUCUAAAACUAUGUAUUUUUAAUUCCGGUUGCAAUCGCACACAAGUACAAUAAACAGCAUAUAUCAUCGUUUAAGGCACAUUGUCUAUGCGAUAAAAAGCUAAUUUGCCAUCUGCAAAUAUGUUGUUUUUGUGUUAGAUUAACAUAUUUAAUCUUUAUAGAGUGCUCAGUAACAUCAUGAGUAGACGAUGCUGUUUUUCCAUAAAGAAACAAAAAAAAAAUUAAAAA